AUGCUACUCCUGCGCGGCUUCAUGAAGGCCAUGGCGGAGAGAUCCCUAUCAUCCGAGAAGAAAUCAAGGGGGAGAUUGUUGCCUCAUAGGCUGGUGGCGGCGCUGUGCUUUCUCUGCUUUAUGUUCGGCUUUCUCUUCACCCGCCGAAUCGCUGUGCUCCCAUCAUCAUCGUCGCCGGAGAACAGAAUAGCUGCAAACUCUUCCACCACUGUAACUACAUAUGAAUCUAAGAACUCAAUCGAGUGUCAGCAUAAGAGAAGAUUAGGAGAGGGGAUUUCGAAGGACAUAAUCGGAGAGGUGUCAAAGACCCAUAAAGCCAUUCAGUCAUUGGAAAAGUCAAUUUCUUCACUUGAAAUGGAGCUUGCAGUGGCUAGAACUAGCAAAAAUUGGGGGCCACCUUCUUCCGGCAGAGGCCUCCAAAAGGCUUUCGUCGUCAUCGGCAUCAACACUGCCUUUAGCAGCAGUAGGCGGCGCCACUCGAUUCGAGAGACUUGGAUGCCUAAAGGUUCUAAGCUCUGGAGAUUGGAGAAGGAGAAAGGUAUAAUAAUCCGAUUUGUAAUCGGUCACAGUGCCACACCUGGGGGAGUACUGGAUCGCGCUAUCGACGCGGAGGAAGCAGAAACAAAGGAUUUUUUAAGGCUUGAGCAUGUGGAAGGUUAUCACGAGCUGUCAACGAAGACGAGGGUGUUCUUCGCCACGGCUGUCUCUAUCUGGGAUGCAGAUUUCUAUGUAAAGGUUGAUGACGACGUGCAUGUAAAUCUAGGAAUGCUGGGAACAACUCUUUCACGAUACAAAACCAAGCCGAGGGUGUAUGUCGGGUGCAUGAAGUCUGGGCCCGUUCUAUCACAGAAGGGGGUGAAAUAUCAUGAACCAGAAUUCUGGAAAUUUGGAGAAGAAGGCAAUAAAUAUUUCAGGCAUGCCACGGGUCAAAUAUAUGCCAUCUCAAAGGAUCUGGCAGCAUAUAUCUCUAUAAAUGCGCCAAUAUUGCAUAGAUAUGCAAAUGAAGAUGUUUCUUUGGGUUCAUGGCUAAUUGGCUUGGACGUGCAGCACAUAGAUGAUCGAACUAUGUGCUGUGGAACUCCUCCAGAUUGCGAGUGGAAAAUGCAAGCGGGAAAUGUUUGUGUGGCAUCAUUUGAUUGGUCCUGCAGUGGGAUAUGCAAAUCGGUGGACAAGAUGAAAGAUGUCCAUAAUGCUUGUGGAGAAGGUGAUGGUGCAAUUUGGAAUGUUUCUAUAUAA